GGGCGGGGCGGGACUUCCGGCUCUGGGGGCCGUAGUCGUGUGCGUGAGGGGCUCGGUCCUCGCUGGAUUCGGCGGUCCGAGCGCUCUUGCGCGGCCGCUUCCCCGGCGGCUCCGGGAGGACGAGUCCGGCAGGGGGCUGGGACCCGCCUUCGCGCCGCCGUGCGAGCCGGGAGCGCCCCCGUUGCCGCCGGGGCCUCGGCUUUCGGGGUCUUCCCCCCAGCCCGCCGCGUCCGCAGCACCCGCCGCGGGCCUGGGCCUGGUGCGCGCUGGACGCGGGAGCCUGAGGCUCGGAGCCGGGUCGGCCCGCGGGCACGUCCCGACCUGGGCGGGGCUGGUGGGGUCGCCCUCCCCUCCCCUCCCUGCCCUGUCCACGGGUCCCUUGAUGGCGGCGCCCACGGACCGGGCGCAGGUAUGGGUGACCUUUGAGGACGUGGCCGUGACCUUCACCUCAGAGGAGUGGGGGCAGCUGGACCUGGCCCAGAGGAACCUGUACCGGGAGGUGAUGCUGGAGACCUGUGGGUUCCUGGCCUCUCUGGGAUGUCCUGUUCCCACACCUGCACUUACCAGUCACCUGGAGCAUAAGCAGGAACUAUGGACAGUGAAGAAAGGCCUCUCCCAAUGUACCUGUGCAGGUGACUGUAGAAAAUCAAAGAUAACUGACUCUACCACAUCUCACCUGCUGUUGUCUGAUGAAGCCUCACUCCAGGAACUACUGACACAGGGUUUCUCAAGGGACUCCAGGUUGGGGCGAGCCAGGUAUCAAGAGGCACCAUCGAAAGUUCAAGAAGAGAUCAUGAGGCCAGGGAUAGACCCCCAGAAAGAGACAUUCCCUGGGAACAUAGGCCCCGAACUUAAUGAUAAAUGGACAGAUGAAAGUGUACACUCAAGGAUUGUACAGGAGCAAGUCUCUCCAAGAGAUGCUCUCCAUGAACAUGACUCAGAAGGAUCAGGUGAAGAUCCCUUGAUUCAUGAAGGGAGAAAUCCCUAUAAAUGCAAGGAAUGCGGGAAAGAAUUUGGCAAGAAUUGUCUCCUUGUUCGACAUGAGCAGAUUCACACUGGCGGGAAGCGCUAUGAGUGCACGGAGUGUGGGAAAACCUUUAGCAAGAGCACACACCUCCUUCAGCACCACAUCAUCCACACUGGGGAAAAGCCCUAUAAGUGCAUUGAGUGUGGCAAGGCCUUCAACCGCAGGUCACACCUUAUAAGGCAUCAGAGGAUUCACACUGGAGAGAAGCCUUACAAGUGCAGUGAAUGUGGAAAGGCCUUCACCCACCGCUCUACUUUUGUCUUGCAUAAUCGGAGUCACACAGGAGAAAAACCCUUUGUGUGCAAAGAAUGUGGGAAGGCCUUUCGUGAUAGGCCGGGCUUCAUCAGACACUACAUCAUCCAUACUGGUGAGAAGCCUUAUGAGUGCUUUGAGUGUGGGAAGGCCUUCAACCGCAGGUCAUACCUCACAUGGCACCAGCAGAUCCAUACUGGAGUGAAACCCUUUGAAUGCAACGAAUGCGGGAAAGCCUUUUGUGAGAGUGCAGACCUCAUUCAACACUACACCAUCCACACUGGGGAGAAGCCAUUCAAGUGCAUGGAGUGUGGGAAGGCCUUCAACCGCAGAUCACACCUCAAGCAACACCAGCGGAUUCACACUGGGGAGAAGCCCUAUGUGUGCGGUGAAUGUGGAAAGGCCUUCACCCACUAUUCCACUUUUGUCUUGCAUAAAAGGACUCACACUGGAGAAAAACCUUUUGAGUGCGAAGAGUGUGGGAAAGCCUUUGGCGAUAGGGCAGACCUCGUUCGGCACUACAGCAUCCACACUGGAGAGAAGCCCUAUGAGUGCAUGGAGUGUGGGAAGGCCUUCAGCCGCAGGUCGCACCUCACGAGGCACCAGCAAACUCACACUGGAGAGAAGCCCUAUGAAUGCAUCCAGUGCGGGAAAGCCUUUUGCCGGAGCACCAACCUCAUUCGACACUCCGUCAUCCACACUGGAGAGAAGCCCUAUGAGUGUAGUGAAUGUGGAAAGGCCUUUAGUCGCAGCUCAUCCCUCACUCAGCACCAAAGGAUUCAUGUUGAGAAACCGUCUCAGUGUAACAGAUGUGGGAAGACCUUUCCCAAGUGGGCAGACUUCAGUCAACAUCCCAAAACUCCUAAUGAGGAAAGACUUCUUGAAUAUAACUACUGAGGAAAAUCUUUGGCCAGAGGAAAGAGCAUCUGAUCGUUCACACCAAAGAGAAACCCCACAAGGGUCAUCACUGUGAAAAAGUGUUGUGUGACAGAUCAUUACCUGCCACCUAAAGAGUUGUAUUAGAAAUGGACCCCAUCAGGACCCUUGUUAUACAUGUCAGAAUUGAUCCAGGAGAGAGACCCAGUGAUUAUUGUGCACUUAGGAAAACCAUCACCUGCAUCUUUCCCCUUAGUUUUCUCUGCAAAGUUAUCUCAGGAAUGUUUUUUCAAAGGAAGAGGAUAUGGAAGGGAAAAGAGAAAGAAAUGCAAGCACAGCUUCUUUUCGGCAUCCCUGCUAACCCUGUGACAAUUUCUCAUCCCUUCCUGAUUUUAUUUGUUGAGAGGGAGGUGUUUCAGAGGGUCCCGUGAUGGCAGAGAUAACCACCGAUGGUCUCAGCUCAAUUCCUUUUAGGCGGAGAAACCAAACCCAAGACCAGAAAGCCUACCACUUCUCAGCCUUGCUUGUCUGUGGGAGCCUCACUCCAGGCACAGCGGGCUCAGGGACUGUCAAGGGGAUCCAGGUUGGGCAACCGAGGGGAUGGGCUGGACCAUCACAAUUAUGGGAAGGGUGCUUGGGCCCAGGGGCAGUUUCUCAGAAAGCACCUCCUCAGGAAGAUGAGCCCUGAAUGCAGUGGUUUGGAUCCAGUGAUAGUCUGAGCUCAAGAGUUUCACAGAAGCAAAUGUCUCCAGGAAAUGCUCUCCAUGAAUGUGACUCAGACCAGCUAAAGACCCCGAGAUCCACUCAGGGAAGAAACCCUAAAAUGCAGGGGAUGCAGGAAAGGGCUUAUACAUUUGCAUCUUCUUCCACAUCGGUGGAUUCAUGCUGGAGGGAAACCCUGUGAAUGCAGUGAGUGUGGGAAAGCCUUGUGAGAGGGCAGACCUCAGUCAACACGUGAGGAUUCACCCUGGGGGAAGCUGUUUGAGUGUUGCCGGUGUGGGAAGGCCUUGACCCAACACUCUACUUCUGUGCUGCUUAAUCAGACCCACAGAGGAGAAAAACACUUUGUGUACAAAGAAUGCAUGAAAGCCUUUUGUGAUAGGCCAGCCUUCCUUCAGCAGUGUGCCAUUCUCACAGGAAAGAAGUCCUACAGGCAUAAUGAACAUGGAAAGACCUUCAUCUUCCUCUCUGAUUUUUCUGGCAUAAUAGAAUGCACACAGGAGAAAACCCCUUUGAGUCAAAGGAUGUGGGAAAUCCUUUCUUGACAGCUCUUCCCUAAUUCAACCCCUGAGCAGUCACACUGGUGAGAACUCCUAUGAGUGCAGUGAAUGUGGAAGAGCUUUCAGCCCUAGCUCAUCCCUCACUCAGCACCAAAGGAUUCACACUGGAGGGAAACCCAGAGAUGUGGGAAUGCCUUUUGCAAAGGGGCCCACCUCAGUCAACAACAGAGAACUCAUACUCCGGAAAGACCUUUUGAAUGUAACUACUGAGAAAAUCUUUUAGCCAGAGGAAAUAUCUUACUUGCCAUCUGAACAUUUAUACUGAAGAGAAACUCCAUAAGCAUCAUUGUUGUGAGAAGACCUUCUGCGGCAUACUUUCACUUAUUGUCAUUUAGAGUCAUACUGGAAAUUGACCCAGCCUAGAACUUUAUUCUACCCCAAUGGUAACAUUUUGCAAAGCUAUAUAUAUUUAAAACUACUGAAAUAUUGGCAUUGAUAGAAUCUACUGAUUUUAUUCAUAUUUCUCAAGUUUUACUUUCUAUACAGUUUUAUCACCUGUGUUGGUUCAUGAAUCUACCAUCACAUGCAAGAUGCUGAACAGCUCCAACACCACAAGGAUCUCUCCUACUGCCCUUCUAUAAUCACACCCACUUCCCUCCCCUCCCCCACAUCCUCAUCCCCUGGCAGACCUAUUGUGGUGGGACCUUUUGGAUAGGCUGUUUCAACUGGGAUGUGACCCACCCAGUUCAAGGUGGGUCUUAAUCAUUUACUGGAGCCCUUUAUGAGAGGAUAAGAGGAAGAAACACAGAGAGAAAGCACGGAGAGAUGAGAAACACUCAGAGAAGCAAGAAGGACCCCAAGGAGUUGAGAGAGAGCGCCACUGAAACCAGCACCCAGGAGAGAAGGACCAGCAGAUGUCGCCAAGUGCUUCCCAUGUGACAGAGGAACGCAGGAUGCCAGCAGCCUUUCGUCAGAGAAGCAAUCCUCUUGUUGAUGCCUUAAUUUGGACAUUUUCAUGGCCUUAGAAUUGUAACUUGUAACUUCAUAAAUUCCCAUUGUUAGAAGCCAGCCUAUUUCUGGUAUAUUGCAUUCCGACAGCUUUAGCAAACCGAAAGACGUAGACACACCAUGGGACAUAUACAGACCAGUGAGGACUCUACACCCAGGAACACACACAGGGCUACACAAAGAUAUAAAGGCAGAUGUGCACAUGCCUAGGGACACACAUAGGAGACACAAAAAGCUAUGUAGACACAAAUACAGAAAAUCCCCAUGGGACAUACAUACAAGGGUAGAAGGAGUAUAUAUGGACUGAAGACACACAAACCCAUGAAGACAGAUUGGUAAAGACACAGAAGGACAUAAAAGGACACUGAUGAGCAACAGCCAGAUGCACUUAUAGGCACAAAUGGAUGCAGAUACACAAGGAACAUCAACACACACUGGGUAAUGGAAAGAAACCCCUGGACACACAAAGAGUAUACUCAGGGGAACACAAGGACAGAGACAGAUACAUUCUGAGAGAGGUACACAUGUAUCUAUCCAAAGGUAGACAUCCACAGAUGCAGAUGUACAAAUGGUUAUAUGUGUAUAGACACAUCUAUCCACAGGUAGACACACACAAGAUCCCAUUCACCCUCAGACACAUUCACAAAGACUUCCCUCAUGUAGAUAAUAAGCUCUAUAGACAUAGGAUGUGCUGGUAAAUGUUUAACACCUGCUUUCCAGGCUGUGAAAAAACACAUAGAUGUACAGAAGUUCAUUACAAAUUUUACUGAUUAUGGAUGUGUAGGACACAAUUUACAAAUGGUAGUAAUAUAUGCAGUGGUCUCUUAUAAAUUCCAUAUAGCCAAUUAAUCCUCACCUAAUGCUUUCAUUAAUUUUUUGCUGAACUCUUGUGUCAAGAUGUGUACUAAAUUCAACCAAAUUUUUAAUAUUAUAACUAAGUAAAUCCAACUCUGGGUAUGUAUCCAUUGAAAUAGUGCAUUUUCUGUCCAAAAUGCUAUACAUUAAGGUUUACAACAGCAUUAUUCCUAAUAACCAGGAACUCAAAGCAAUACACACAGCCAUCAACUGGAAGAUGCUUCAAUAAAUUGUGAUACGGUCACAAAAUGGAGCAAAACAGCAAUUAAAACUGCUUCAUGCAACACACAGAUGAAUCUCACAGGAAAAGCACAUUGAAUGACAGCAGUAUAAGCAGUACACGCUGUAGAGUUCUCUAGAUAAGUUCACGAGUGGGCAAACCUAAUACGUGAUGAUAAGGGCAGAAUAAAGGUCACCUUUGUGCAGGGUGUGCUGCUUUGAAGCUGUUAUGAACCCCAGAAGAGCCCUGAUCUUUUAAUCUAAUCCUGUGGGGUGGGACUUUUUGAUUGAAUGUUUCCAUGGAGAUGUGACCCACCCAACUGUGGGUGAGACUUU